UUCCCUAUUGACAAACGGCAAUUCACAGCUGGCCGGGCGCGAAUAUCGGGGAAGUCACGAUUGAUAACACCCACAAGUUGCUAGCAUUAGUUUUUAGCACCAUCGUGCCAAUAUAAACACGGAGAUAUUGGCAAGCCGCGAAUAUCGUGUGCCGCCGACAAAUUCCGCACGUAGGCGCUAUGAAUUGUGUAUGCCCAAUGCAAAUUGUGUGAAUGGAUUAUUUUUGGCCAUUAUAAAAAUGCUACAUGAUAUGUUGGUCAGCUGCAGCUAACGCUUUCACUGGCAGCAGAUUGCCAAAUUGGUUGCAAAAUGCAGUGCGAGCGCAAGUGGAAGUGAGGCUACCGAUGGCCUUGCCCACACCUGCCCAGAAUGGUGCAACCCCUGGCAAGGUGAGGUAGGCCUAUUGAGCCAUCAAAUUAUGACAUGACCGGCGCGUCGACGAGCUGGCGGGCUGGAAAUGGUUUAUUGACCACGGCGCGCUCUUUACAUAAUGAGCGGGACUGCUGGAAGUGUGACGACAAAGCUCAUUGGCCAUUCCAGGCACGCCGGCCACUUGGCUGCCCCGGCACACAUCGCGCAUGGCAUUACUUUCAUUGCUUGGCCAUUUUGAUAACGUUCAAUGGCUGGGACGACCGACCAUGCCAGCUGUUCGAGCCGCCGGCCUGCACGUGCUAUUGGCCAACGAUUGCAGCUGCCUUCCAGUGCUAUAAAACGGGUGGGUUGCAGCGGAUUGGAGCACAGUUGAACGACAACAGCAGAGCAGCAAAAGUGUCUCAGGCGCACCGUCAAUCUUAACUUUUGGAUAACCCGAAUUAAGCGUGAAAUCUCCACAAUGAAGUUCUUCAUCUGCACUUUGGCUUUGCUGGGCGUGGCUCAGGCUGGCCUGCUGCCCCAUUUGGAGCACGAUGUGCACCACGAGGAGCUGCCACCCUACGUGGACGGCGACAUUCAUCAUUCCGAUGGCAUUCAUUUGGGCCACAGCUCCGCCAUAGUGAUCGACGGUAACGACCACCACGUGGACGCUGUGCCUCACCCCGUCUACCACCACGACGGCUACUCUGCGCACUUGGAUCACGAGGUGCACCACGGCCAUUUGGAGCAUGUGCAUGCUCCGGCCAAGAUUGUCAGCCACGAGCCCAUCCAUGAAGUGGGGCCAGUGCAUCACGUGCACAAGGUGGUGCACGACGAGCCACACCACUUCCUGCACUACAGGAACCCCGUGGUCGACCAUCACAUCAUCCACAACAACGCUCACAUCGAUACGCACGCCCAUGCCCACGCCGAUCUGCACCACUAUGCCCACCACUCAGCUCCGCAGGUGCACCACCACCACUCGGCUCCGCUCGUGCACCACCACAGCCACGCCGCUGUGGUGCACAAGACCAUCUACCCCGCCCACCUGGAUGUCCACAGCCACGCCAACCUGCUGGCCUUUGCCAAGCACCAUUUGCACGGUAAAUACGGCAAGGUCAGGAUCACGGAGACGCAUUACUGAGAGAUUUCCCCACCACACCACACCACCGCACCGCAUCCCACACACAUAACACAUAACACUUAUCCAACUGCAUGACGACGCUUUCAUAGCUAAUUUAUUACGCACAACGUUUAGUUUGUAGUGCUCGAAUA